GCAUGAGUUUUAUUAGACCAAUAUCCGACGCAAUUACAUUACGACACGACUCUCCUUCCGAUCUCGCGUUCCAAUUUUUGAAAUCUGAAUUUCGCCAAUUUUAGAGAUACGAUGGGAAUUCCGGCAGAAUUGAGGGAUUAUUGGGCACGCACAACCAGAAACUCGAUCCUGAUCGCUUCUCCGGCUGAAGAUGCAAAAAUUGCGCGAGCGAGAAAUUGCACGCAAGAAGGAGUUCGUGCGGGUUUCAAGGCGGCUUGCGUUGGAGCUGUUGCCAGUGCUGUGCCCACGUUGGCUGCAGUCCGUUUCAUUCCAUGGGCAAAGGCGAAUCUCAAUUACACAGCCCAGGCGUUGAUCAUAUCUGGAGCGUCGAUAGCUUCCUACUUCAUUACUGCUGACAAAACUAUCUUGGAGUGCGCCCGAAGAAAUACCCACUAUGAUAAAACAGCUUGAAAUCUUGGCCUGAUGCAUCACACCUGGUUCACCGAAUCAUGCAUUCCUUGAUGUUCUUCAGGAAGAUGUUGCAGCUACUUUUGUUUUUUUUUCUCCUUCAGUUGAGUGCUGAGACGAAUGCUCUUUCAUGCAGAAGUUAAAAUAGCGUGCUCCCACCCAGUCAAUCAAAUCAUUUCUGAAACUUAAUGUAGAAUUCUUAUGUGAUCAUGUUGCUUUGGAUGGAAAUAAAGUUUUGCAAAAUUUUGCGCCGCA